AUGAAAUUCACCCGCGUCCUCCCGCUCGCCGGCCUCGCCGGCGCCAGCAACCUCACCAAGGGCUGCAACGUGCUGAACGGCGCCCUGGACGAGGUCUACCUGCCCAGCACGACGGUGUACGAGUACGAGGCGCAGAACUUCUGGUCCAACACCGAGAUCAUGGCGCCCGGGUGCGUGUUCCGGCCGCAGUCGAGCGCGCAGCUGGCGCGGGGCAUUGAGAAGCUGGUGGCGGCGCAGGCCGAGUUCGCCGUGCGCGGUGGCGGCCACAUGGGCAUUCGGGGAUCCAACAACAUCGACAACGGCGUGCUGAUCGUCAUGUCCAACCUGACCACCCUGGAGUUGAACGCCGAUCAGUCGCUGCUGCACAUGGGUCCUGGCUUCCGCUGGCAAGAGAUCUACGACUACCUGGAACCCUACAACCUCACCGCACCGGGAGGCCGUCUGGGCCCCGUCGGCGUGCCGGGGCUGCUCCUGGCCGGCGGCGUGAACUACUACGGCAACCAGGUCGGGUUCUCGUGCGACUCGGUGGUCAACUACGAGGUCGUGCUGGCCAACGGCACCAUCGUCGAGGCCAACGCCACCGCGCACGCGGACCUCUUCUGGGCCCUGAAGGGCGGCAGCAGCAACUUCGGCCUCGUGACCCGCUUCGACAUCGAGACCAUCGCCUCCACCCAGGUGUGGGCGGGCACCUGGACGGUCGCGGAGGAGUACAUCCCGGAUUUCCUGGCCGCAACGGCUGCGUUCGCCGCCAACAACACCGACCCCAAGACCCACGUCGUGCCCGCCGUGGUGCCCUCCGAGGGCUCGGCGGUCGGCUCGGUGAUCCUCUUUUACGAUAGCCCCGACGUCAGCUACCCGGACGCGCUCAAGGUGUUCACCGAUAUCCCGGCCGUGUCGAACACGAUGGGCUUCAAGACGGUGGCCGAGAUGGCCGUCGAGAUGGGUGCGGUGGUCACCCCGCACAUUAACGACAUCUUCGUCGCCGGCACCAUCAAAGCAACCACCUACGACUCCCUCCUGCAGGGCGUGCAGAUCAUCAACGCCACCUUCGCGGCGCAGCUGCCCAAGCUGUACGCCCAGAUCCCCGCGGCCAACAUCUCCAUCAUCGAGCUGGACUGGCAGCCCAUCGGCGCCAACUGGAUCGACGCCUCCACCGCCCGCGGCGGCAACGCGCUGGGCCUCGACGCCACCCAGAACUACCUGUGUUAUGCCGAGGUGGUCGAGUGGAUUGGCAGCGAGUACGACUCUAUCGUGGGCGAGUGGGUCGUCGAGACGACCGAGCUGAUCAACAAUGCCACCGAUGCCGCGGGGCUGUAUGAUCCCUUCAACUACAUGGGUGAUGCGGCGUGGUUCCAGGAGAUUUACUCCGGGUAUGGUGCGGAGAAUUUGGAGAAGUUGCAGGAGAUUGCCAGUGCUUAUGAUCCCGAAGGGGUGUUUCAGACGCUGAUGCCGGGUGGGUAUAAGCUUUUCUAGGCUGGUGUGGUUUAGGUUGAG